UCUUGGUGUUGAUCACUUUGUGGCCUACACGGAAGUGCACGAGGUCUCUUCCGUGCAGUCCACUGGUCUCUGCAGACAGGAAGACGCUUGCGUAGGCUACUGAGAGCAUUAGAGCCCAUAAUAACCACAACACGGGCACCACUUGCAGCUUCGAGAAGCUGAGUUGUCGUCGUACAGGUGGAGUCACAGCAUCGAGCAGCUGGACCCACACGAACCACAGGAAGGCACUGGCCACCGCCCAACAACGAUAGUCCCAACUCAUCAUAUCCGACACACACAGACACGCUAUGGAGCAGUGCAACGUUGAGAAAAGAAAGCCGAAGUUAUGGAAUAACAAGGCACGCAGCAUAUCUCGCUGACUGGCGCAUGCAAAUACAGCACAGAAGGCCAAGCUGAGUAGGAAUCCGAGGACAGGGACUGCGUAUUCCUGUGCUGAUUGACUCCCACCUGGUGGAAGAGUUAGCGUUGCAACCGUGAGCGCUAGUCCGAAUGAUCCGGUGCCGUAAAUUCUGAUGAGUUUCGAGACGGAGAACCGCUCUGGAGGCUUCGUCGGCCACGAUUUUAAUAUUGUGUUUCGUGUGUCGAUAGCGCUGAGGCGUAAUGCCACGAGUGUGAUCUGCUGAUGAUGUUGAGCUGUGUCGUUGGCGCUUGCUAUGGACAUGACGGGGGAUGAAAUGCCGAGUUGUUUGUGCAGAACGUGGCCUCUGCUACUGGUCUCGACUCCAAGACUGGCAGUUCUUGAGUACCGCACAGGACGCAGCACGAGAUGGGUACGAUAGAGCUGACAUCGGAUGAGUUUGGAGCCGGCACUGUGUGCUGCGAAGAGCUUUCGCUUUGUAUAGAGAACUCGCAUGAUAAACGGGAUCAAAGUGGCCACGGCGUUCUCGAAUAGUCCCAGUAAUGGUAACGUGACAUCUUCCACUGCACCGGUUAAGGGUAUCAACGUUCCGAGACGAGCUUCUUCGACAUCUACGACUUGGAGGAAGACGAGAACUACGAUGACUAUCAGCACAGUCAAGAGUAUAAUGUUGCUGCGUAUGGCUAUUACGAACGUGCGGAAGUUGGUGUCCAUCGAAAUUGAGAGUUGUGAGUUGAGCCAAAGUGGAAUUAAACUCAUGGCUCGUAGUGGAUCGGCCAAGAAGAAAGCGAGUAGUGACCAGGCGAUGAAGUUGGCAACUGUGAAGAACCAGAACUCGUAAAAUUGACUGAGAAGUCUCAACACGUCGAGGCUUGCGGUGGCCGUUGAGCUCAUUAAAGACGUCAUUGAGAGCGCCGCAGAAAUUGGUCCUAGUAUUUUACCAACGUCCCGUGGUGAAGCCACCACCACCACCGUAAGUAAAAUUCCAAGUAUCUGUCCGAAGUGCAUAAAGUCAAAAUUCUUCUUCAUCCAGCGUAAAAACUUUAAAUUUCGCUGUGGACCCAGCCAUCGAUGUGAUAGAGUGUGUCGGAGAUCAACAACGGGGAGUGCUCGGGUGGCCUCGAAUUUGUACAGAUAAGCACCAUGCUCUCGACUUUCCAGCUGUAUUCUUGGCCUGAGGAACUUCUCGUCCGGUGUAGUGUGUCGUCGCGGUAUCGGGACAAUGCGGACAACAGUCAUCCCGAAGAAUUAUCAAUAUACGGCGACGAAGACUGCAUUCAUGCACACAACGAAAAGAUGACUGUGAUGGGAUGGUAAGAAUGGACUUCAGUAUUCUAUUUUUGAAACCAAUUCUAUGCGAAGUUAUUUAUUUUUUACUUCGGUUCGUCGAGUCUGCAGUGUUGAUGCGAGUUUCCGCGCUGGCAGCGGUCCCAGUGACUUGGCGAGCGAGGCGCAGCUUACGGAAUCCCAAGAAACCAGCAGCGGUGAUAUCUAAGCUCAAGCAUGUUUGGUUAUCUACACAAGUGAGUCAUCGUGGAAAAUACUCCAUCGAGCGAUUUCUAGCUCUUCAAGAGUACACUGAACAUACGCCAAAGCUUCGUAUAUUUCUCGUAUGUGUUGGAACGCCGUUGCUGAUGAUCGCAGCCGUGGUGGCUCUGGAAUGUGUACCGUUGCAAAACCCGAGUGCUGGUUGGAAAGAAAAUUACGGACUCUGGAUCCGCAGUGCUGUUAUUUGCGGCGUUAUUGCGUCGACGAUGCUCAUCGAGUUGAAAUAUUUUAUUGAAGGCAUCACGAUCUCAGCGUGGCAAGCGACUUUUGUACUACUCUGUGUAAUGGUGGGGGAUACGGCACUGUGUAUGACUAUUGCUGCCUAUUUGGCGUUCCCGAUUCCCUUUAUGAGUAUCGUAAUGGUACCUCCAUUACUUGCAAUUGUUGCUGGAUCACUUCGAAUAGCGUUCGGUGCUACAGAUUUUAAGAAAAUGCUCACUCAUUCAGCACAGCUGUAUGGAUUUGUACUAUUCAUUUUGGCCCAAGCAUUGACGCUUCUUGUGUAUCCAGUAUACCAACUCCUCUUUGACGCUGCUGUGAAUACACUCUAUGAAUUACCAGUCAUGAUGCUGCUCCCUGUACUCAAGUUAAUCUUGAAGAAUACAGUCGCGUCGAGUAUAUAUUACAUGGAAGAUAUGUUACCCGAGUCGGUAAUUUUCACAGUCGACUACUUCAAUGCUGUGUACAUGGCUACCUGCAUGCAACGUGCGUCUUCGACCGUCACAGUCACGGCAAUCAUGGUCGUUGAUGUCUUCCACACGUUUCUUGCUCUAUACAGUUUGCAUCGAAAUGCAUUGGAGAUCAGGCACCGAAUGAAUCGAGAUAUGAGCAGCAACACCAACUCUCUCAAACUACUUGAUCUAGGCUGCUCACUGUGUCAAUAUCGCGAUAAAUUUGAGAGACAGGAGCUCUCUCAGAUCCAAUUAAGGUCGUGUCUUCCUCACACACUCUCGUCAGUAGGAAGGAGCUUUCUCGGGCGGUUGGAAAAAUACCCUUUGAAGACCGCUGUCAAAGCUCAUCGAAGACGAAUCGCAAGUAUUUUACCAGCACCCAUCGAUAAUACCUCACCUUCCAGUCAUCAAAGUAAGUGGAAAACUGCUAAGCGCCUUACCACCAAGGCUUACGCUGUAUCGGUGAUCAACAUCUCAACUGUGAAGCCGCUUAUGAGAGACAGCGCGUUCAGGACCAGGAGUGUUAUCUCUUCGUACUCGGUGCCUUCUUCACGGAUUCUCCAUAGAAUCCUCGAGAUUUUAUUCACGACGGAAUGUCUGGUACUUACGGAGUACUUGGAGUCGUUAACUCCCGUAUUUUACGCAAGUUUCCUGCGUAUCAUGGUUCACCUGCCAAGUGCAAAGUACCAUACGGAGCUCGACGGUAUCACACGAGAUACUGUACAAGACACCGUGCAAAUUGUUUUUUUGUAUGGAUUACUCGAGUGCGCUUCGUUCCUAGUUCUCGUUAUGGUUAUAAGACGCACUAUUGGUAUCCACGCACUCUACCACCUCGCGUUCGUAUUGGAGACGCAAAUGGCGCUUAUCCAAAGUAAACUCAUCGUCUGGAUGCUGCUGACAUUAACCUGUCGCGAAGUCCAUUACGGCUUCGACUUCAGCUUCCAGUUCGCUUGGAUCAAAGAUAGCAAUUAAUAUUUUCCCAAGGUAAACAAGAAGACAGUAGGAAUUGUGCCGAGUAUUGGUCUAAUUUCUGCUUUUUGAGACC